CACGUCCACAUGUAUGUAUAUUCUUCUACUGAAUACUCUAAAUCUUCCAAAUAUUUAAGGGGAGAAAAGAAUCGCGAGAAAAAAAAAAUGGAAGAAGCGCAGUUAAGGGUAGGACAGCCUGCGGACGGCCAGUAGUGAUGAUAUUGCGCAGACUCCUUGAAAGUGACUCGGUCCGACUCGCAGUAGUCGACAUUAAGCGCUUCGUCGACGGUCAGUGCCGUCUCGUCGUCGGAUCGAGGACGAUUCCUUCCGCGUUUUCGUUCGUCGUGAUCGCGUCACGUUUUCCGCACUUCGAGGAAGUCCCGGACGAACGCGCCCUUUUCCGAUUCCGAAUCAGGCUCGUCGACGGAACGUUUUGAAUUUAAAAGAUUAAAAUUUAAACGAUCGACCGAGAUAGAAGAUAUAAAUGAGAAGAAGACGCAAAAGCUGCUGAUUACGCAAAGCAUAUUACGACGUAAUGGAGUUUUAAUUCGAGUCGCGGACCGGGCGGACAGCCGCAAUUUCCCCGAGGAAGAUGCAAGAUCCCUCAGGAUCACAGCGUAAACGGGGUAAGUGAAUGGAGAAGUCGACGACGGACGACGUCGUCGGUCGAAAAAACGCGAUCGUCUCGGAGCGAUUGAUCGUGGUUGAUCGAUCCCGAUCAAAAGCCACUACCACCAUCGAUUCGUUCCUGACCGCGAGGUCUAGGUCAGGAAUCGCCGAGGGGGAUCGAAUUAGUAUCCUUCGGACGAAGGAAGAGCGCCGGGUAGAACGGGUGAGGUAACUAUAUUGGAUUGCAAGGAGGAGAAUACGUCGAUCGACCUCCUCCUUGGUGUGAUGCCUUCCUGAAGCUGCAGCAUUCUCGCGGUCGUGCUCAAGAUCACCGCCAAACGAAGUUCGACCAAACGCAGAACAUGGCCGAUCUUGAGAGGAUCAGAUUGGUGGUGCUCGGAGGCGCCGGGGUUGGCAAGAGCGCCAUUAUACGCCGAUUGCUUGGCCAGGGUUUCAGCGAGCGAUACCGGCCCACCGUGGAGGAUCUGUACUCGCGGGAAUGUGUCCUCGGCACCUUGACCCUCAAGGUCGAUCUCUUGGAUACUGCGGGUGAUCUGCAGUUUCCCGCGAUGAGACGGUUGAGCAUAGCCACCGCCCACGCAUUUUUGCUCGUGUACGCAACAACAUCAUUACCGAGCUUCGAGUGCGUGAAACGUUGCUUCGAAGAAGUGAGAGAACAACGGCCCGAUUUUCAGGAAGUACCAAUAGUCGUCGCCGGGAACAAGCUCGACCUGGCGCCGGCCCGAAGGGAAGUACCCAUCGAGGAUGUAAGCGAAUGGCUGUUUUGCGAGUUACCAAAGUUACGCGCUAAAGUGAUGGAAUGCUCGGCAAAGGACGAUUAUAACAUUAAGGAUAUAUUCAGGUGUUUCGUCACGCUUUCCAGAAUCGUGCCGAAAAAUCCUACCGGCGAGGCCGACGAGUCGGGACUCAGGAGGAGAUGUUCGGCAUACGGAUCUCGCAGGUCCGGCAGUCCUGGCGGCAGGACUGGCAGUGCGGGUCCCGGUGGAAAUCCUCAGCAAGUAGUCGCAGCUCAGGGCUCCAGUGUCGUCGCUGUUACCGAGGAGGUGAAGAGCAAGCCGCGUAGUCGCAGUCUGAUCAGACGCGCCUCGAGAAAGACGAAACAACAGAUCAGGGAUGCCCACGCUGAUGAUUGCAACAUCUCUUAAAGCCCGAUCGUACUUAAUGAGGAUCGAGGAGGAAAUAAGUCUCGUCGCGGAUCAAGAGAUCGAGAUAAAAUUCCGAUUAUUAUUGCAAUGGGAAACCCGGUGUUUUCGAGUCAUUUGGUCAAAGAAACAUAAAUGCAUUAAACGUAAGAUUCGAGAUUGCGCUCGCGAUAUUUGCAAGAAAGCGAUUUACGGCAAAUAAAAUCUUUUCACGGCUGCUAGACGACGCGGAUCAACAUUUACUUAUACUUGCUUACCUAAUUCACCUUGAUUUACGAGACUUUGAAAGCAAGAAAGAAGUAAACGCAGUAAGCUGAUAAAGUGACUAUAAUUCUAAAAAGAGUCUUGAGAAGCUCGAGAAGGUAUAAACCGUCGCGCCGACUUCAUACAGUACGUUUCAAAAAAUAUAUGUAUCGAUGGCAGGAGUAUUAUUAUCAAAUCCUAAAUUUCAGAUUGGCUUUUUUUUAGCAAAUAUUAAAUGCCCAAGUAUUAAAUAUUCAAUACAAAAUUUUUUCACUUAGAUAAUACUAAGUAUUUUAAUGUUUAAAUGUAUUGUAAGUAAGUAAAGAAUUAAAUUUUCAUUGAAAAAAUUAAUGCAAUUAUAUGAAAAAAAGAAUCUGUAAUCGAUAUACAUUUCUUUUGGAACACCUUGUAUAUAGGUAUACUAACGAUGUGAACGUGAAAUUGAUGUUUUAUGGCAGAUAUAUAAUUUUUUCAACGAACGAAUAAACUCUUAUAUUUCUUGAUGUAAAUACUUAUGAUUAUUCAAAUGAUAAAAGACUACAUUAUAUAUUAAAAAAUCAUAUUUUUGUGUGGCGAAAGGAGCAAUUUUAACAAUUAAGCAACAUUUUCUUACGAUUAUUUUUGGAGUGUUCUCAGAGCAUCCCAAAAUAUAUGAUACAAAGAAUUAUUGCACAUAGAAAAGUUUGUUUAAUAUAAGAUACAUGUUGAAUGUUCAUAUUCACACACAUAAAACAUAUAUAAACAGACAUAUCAUUUUCUUUCUCCAAUUUAAAUAUUUCCUAGAAAUUUUAAAAGAUUCUACAGAACGUGCACUAAUUAAUUGCAUAAGAACUUAUAUAUAAAAGCGUUGUUUUACCUUCGCAAAUGCAAGCAUAAAGUGCGAGAUUCGUUCAAAAAAUUCGUAAAAUUAAGAAAAAAAAAGAAAAAAAGAUAAAAUAAAAAUAAUGAAAUAACAAAAAUGUUAUAGUAUUAAACAAAUAUUAUGAAAGUCUUAAAAAAUCAUACGAAAAGAUCAAAAGAAUUUUUUGUGAAUUUUGAACAUCUGACGAGAUCUUACUAAUAAGACAAAAGUGAGAAUAAAAUCAAAAACGCCAAUUUAAAGUACGGCUUUUUGAAAAAAAUUAUAGCCUUUCUUAGUUAUUCAGGAUAAGAAAAUAAGUUAUUUUUAAUAUUUUUUCGAUACCCUAUUCGAAGUUGCAAUGAACAAUUGACAGAACAUUGUGUAUGUGACAAAAUGUUAAUCGUUAUCUAAAAUAAUUAUUAACAAAAAUGUUUAGUAAUAUCUGGCAAAAUUAAAAUCAAUUUAAAUGUCAAUUAGGCACACAGAAGUUUUGCAACACAUACUACGCUUAUGAUUAGAUAUGUACGCUUGACGACCAUUUAAAAGAUUCAGAAAUGUACUUUUAAAACCUUUUAUCUCACGCAAUGCACAUUCAUAAUUGUUGUAUAAAUAUUAAUUUUAUUUGUGUCACAAGAAAUUUCAGACACGCGAAUAACGCUAACGUGCAAAAAGAAAAUCGUUUGCAAAUUACAAAUUAUACUCUUCAAAGCAUAAAGUAUCUCUCUUUUUCUUACCUCUUUAGUUAUAUUUUUGUUCAGAUGUGAUUCUCUCUCUUAUAAUUCUUAUGAUAAUAAUAAUGAUCAGUUACUACAAUCUUGUUUUAUAUUACAUAUUAUAGUCAUAAAAAUACAU